AUGCGGCUGCUCCCGGAAUGGCUUCUCUUGCUCUUUGGUCCGUGGCUCCUGAGGAAGAUAAUUGAUGGCCGGGGCCUGGCCCGGCCGCUCCCGCCUCUCGAUCCAUCUUGUACUCGCGCCCGCGCUGUCUCCCAGAUCGGCCGCCACCUGAGACAGCCGGAGAGACGGGUCGUCAGUGCCCAGAUUCCGGAGUCCGGGAGGCCGCAGUACCUGGUGCUGCGCCCCGCCGCGGCCAGAGGGGGCGCCCCUGGCCAACAGCUCGCGGUGCCGAGGGCUUCCCACGGCCUGGGCACCGCAGGCGCCUGGAGCUGGGCCUGGCCGGCUAAUCACACCCGGGCGCUGGCCCGGGCGGGGGCGCUGCCUGCGCGGCGCACCAAGAGGAAGCCGUCUAUCAAAGCGGCCCGCGCCAAAAAGAUCUUUGGCUGGGGGGACUUCUACUUCCGGGUACACACGCUCAAGUUCUCGCUGCUGGUGACCGGCAAGAUCGUGGACCACGUGAACGGUACCUUCAGCGUGUACUUCCGCCACAACUCGUCUAGCCUGGGCAACCUCAGCGUCAGUAUCGUGCCGCCCUCCAAACGUGUCGAGUUUGGGGGCGUCUGGCUGCCCGGGCCGGCUCCCCACCCGCUGCAGUCUACGCUGGCCCUGGAAGGGGUGCUCCCCGGGCUGGGGCCCCCGCUGGGGAUAGCGGCCGCGGGACCCGGGCUAGGGGGUACCCUCGGGGGCGCGCUGGCGGGCCCAUUCGGGGGCGCGCUGGGAGUGCCCGGGGCCAAAGAGUCUCGCGCUUUCAACUGCCACGUGGAGUAUGAGAAGACAAACCGCGCGCGCAAGCACCGCCCGUGCCUGUACGACCCGUCGCAGGUGUGCUUCACCGAGCACACGCAGAGCCAUGCCGCCUGGCUCUGCGCCAAGCCCUUCAAAGUCAUCUGCAUCUUCGUCUCCUUCCUCAGCUUUGACUACAAACUGGUGCAGAAGGCGCUUGUCCUCCUGUUCCACCCUGUCCCCACGUAAAGACUGUGAGGCCUAUAAACUGCGGCCUGUCCCCGACCCCUUCUGCCUGCCGGUAUGCCUGUCCGCUUUUCCCCGAAACCCUAAUUAGGGUAG